AUGUCAAACUCAGCUAGCCACCAGGCCCCGGCGCUGCCCGAGAUCCUGACACCAAUCCUUGCCCUUGUGGACGAGGACGACGGCUGCGGCACGCUCGCGGCAGCAGCUCGAGUGAAUACAGUGUGGUUCGGCUGUGCCACUGGACUUUUGUGGAAGCAAAUCAGCGCACCUGCCCUUGGCUGUGUCCCUGCUCACCGGAGGCAGGUGUACGCUUCUAAGAUCGAAGCUUUAGUAUUUACGGCCGAGGAUGGAGACUUGCACGAGCCAUUCAGAGACCUAGACUUUGUCCUCCUAAGGGAGCUCACACUGCACACAUAUCGUGAAGAGCCAGGGAAGGCAGCGUUAUACCAUCUCCGCCAGUACUGUAAUCCAAGGCUAGAUAAAUUCUACUUCUUCGGCGGCGAGUUGGAUCAAGAAUUCAUGUCAUACCUACAGAAUACUUGCCGGGACCUUACAAGAUUAUGGAUCGACCUGCCCGGAGACAACAUCACGGCGGAUUCACUUUUCGACUUCGUUUCCGGAUUCAAUUCUCUUGAAGAAAUUCAUCUCAAGGGUGGAAUUGAUCAUUUACUUUCGGAUAAACUUCUCUACCACCUUGCGCGUCAACCAAACCUUCGAGAACUGGACAUCGGCGGCCAUCUCUCCGCAACGCUUCUCUCCGACAUUGCACAGAAAAUACCCGGCGCAUUUCCAGCUCUUGGAAGCCUUGGGGCCACAAUACAAUCAGCCUGUGUGCCUGUCAUCACCCGCACACUAGAGCAUGUCACCUGUCUUGACCUCACCAUCCUUGACGCUGACCUCGAAGCCCCAACGGUCCUCGGGUCGACUCCAAGGCUACGGAAAAUUAAGAUUCGAUAUGACUGUGGUGUUGAAUUUACCACAAGAUAUUUACUUGCCCUCAAAUCUCUCCAGAAUCUGGAGAAUCUCGUUAUUCAGCUGGCUGCUGGCCCCUUCGACAUCUCCAAUCCCGAUAUGCCUCUUUUCUCCGAUAGUGACUUUCAGGAGCUUGUCUCUGGGUUGUCAAAUUUGCGUUGUCUCGAACUAGGAGUUAUUGCGGACUUAUCAGUUGAGUCCCUUUAUUUACUCUCUGCCAGUUGUCCGAUGCUGGAAGAACUCAAACUGUUGUCGGCAUUCGAUCUGCAGACACUCUUGACAAAGGCUGGGGAGGAGCCCAUCUUCCCUUAUCUCAGGAGAUUAGAAAUUAUUGAGAUUCCUGAGCAACUCUUCAAGUCAAUAGAUGAUCUAAUUAUGACAGCAGCGAACGUGUUUACACAGAUUGAAAUCCACUUUCCUGAAUUAGAGACUUUAUCUAUCGGAACAGGCCAUCCAUUGGCGCAAAUGAUAACGGAAAUGUUUUAUGAGUCGGAUGAUGAAGAAGAGUCUGAAGCUGGGGAAGAGGAGCUGGCGGAAAACUAA